UCUUAUAUUGUUCUAUAUCUGUAUUGCUCUUUGUUUUUUGAGUAUAAUAUUUUACGUCAAAAAUUUUGUCACAAAUUGCGGCUUAAAAAUUAUAAAAAUACCUCCAACAUUUACUCAACAAUAAAUGUAAAAUAAAGUAGAAAAAAAGGCAACUUUCACUUACAAUUUUUGCUAUUGUAUUUAAUCGCCUAGUGAGGUUAGACUGCCAAAUAGAAUUAAUGUUGUUUUGACAUGUCUACCUAUUUUGCAAAUUUUGUAUUUUUAUUACUAUCAUAAGACGAUUGAAUAUUUAUUAAAUUUUGUAUUACCUACUUAAGGAAAGAGUGACUUAGAUAUGUAAUAAAGACGGUGAAAUAUAAAUAAAAUUGAGGUUUAUGAAAGUGACAGUGUUGUUCUUUUUUGAUAUAAAUUUAAUAUUGUUUUAUAUUAGAUAGGACAUCAAGUUUUUAUUUAAAUUACUUAACUCAAGUUCACGUGAAGUGUGAUAGAAUCUGUUUGGAUUUGUGAAAAUAAUUUGGUGCAUUUUAACACGACAAACUGAGAGAAGAAUGUAAGAAAUACAAUGUCACAUUUAACAUAAUGCUCAAAUAUAGAAGACUGCCUUGAGGCCUAAUUUUUUUUAUUAGUAUGACGCAUCAAUCGAACCGCUAAGAUGAAGUCGUGGGGAGAAGCGCUAGGGCGCGGAGUAUCUGCCCCCUUCUCUCGCGUGGGGCGACUACGCCGCGCUCUCGUGCUGCUGGGUGCCGUGGCGUGCACUGGUGCCGCCCUUCUCUACUGGCGUCAACAGAGUAACGAACUCACACAUAGGCCCUUACAAAGUGUCUACACGGGUGCUGAACCACAAUGGACUUGGAUAUGUCGAAACGACCGAUGUGAACGAAUGCUCGCUUCAGAAACAACAACGCUGCAAUCCUUACCUACGUGCAAUAUGUUAUGUGCCUCCACACAGCUUUGGCCGCAACCAACAGGACCUGUCAGUCUCGCCACUGCCGCGGUGCCAAUAAGAUCUGCAGGAAUUUCUCUGCAAGUUAUCGCUUCACCAUCCCGUGAUGUCGAGAAGCAUCUACAUGAUGCUUUUGCACUCAUGAAAGAGGACAUGCGAGAUCUAGAAAAAAGUAUCAGCGGUGAAAAUAGACGCAGUGAAGUAGGGCCACCGCGAGAUGUACUAGUACGUGUCGCAGUUAACGGCAGCGCAGAUCCCCGCAUGCGGUUAGAUACCGAUGAAAGCUACAAAUUAAGAUUAAGACCAUUAGGUAAUUCCUUAGUGGUUGAUAUAACGGCGCAUUCAUUUUGUGGCGCCCGACACGGAUUUGAAACUCUAUCUCAGCUAGUUUGGCUAGAUCCUUACGCACAGAGUCUAUUAGUUUUAGAAGCAGCGACUGUAGAAGACGCACCACGCUUUAAAUAUAGAGGAUUCCUACUAGAUACCGCGCGAAACUAUUUUCCAGUAGGUGAAUUAAUAAGAACAAUCGAUGCUAUGGCCGCCUGCAAACUUAACACGUUUCAUUGGCAUGUGAGUGAUUCUCAGUCAUUCCCACUGAGAUUAAAUAGUGCACCUCAAUUAGCACAACAUGGAGCAUAUGGACCGGGCGCCAUUUACACAAUGGACGAAGUGAGAGCAAUAGUCCGUCAUGCAAAGCUACGAGGUAUUCGCGUAUUAUUAGAAGUUGAUGCACCGGCGCAUGUAGGCCGUGCUUGGGAUUGGGGCCCUGCGGCAGGACUCGGUCAUUUAGCAUAUUGUAUAGAAGCUGAACCGUGGAGUGCCUAUUGCGGCGAACCUCCAUGUGGACAAUUAAAUCCACGUAAUCCUCACGUAUACGAAUUACUUGAACGCAUAUACGCUGAGAUUAUUCAGGUGACCGAAGUCGACGAUCUGUUUCAUCUCGGCGGCGACGAAGUUUCCGAACGCUGCUGGGCGCAGCAUUUUAACGAUACCGAUCCCAUGGAACUUUGGUUUGAAUUCACACGACGGGCUAUGAGCGCGUUAGAGAGCGCCAACGGUGGUAAAGCGCCAGAAUUAACACUUUUGUGGUCGUCUCGAUUAACACGUUCGCCAUACUUGGAAAGAUUGGAUCCUAAACAUUUCGGCGUGCAAAUAUGGGGCGCAUCGAGAUGGCCGGAAUCACGAGCGGUCCUCGACGCUGGCUUCCGCUCGGUAAUUUCGCACGUUGACGCGUGGUACUUAGACUGUGGAUUCGGAUCGUGGCGUGACAGUUCUGAUGGGCACUGCGGCCCCUACCGCUCAUGGCAGCAGGUAUACGAGCAUCGGCCUUGGAUAGAAGAGGCACCAAUGCCCGCAGGCAUGGGAGACGCCUUGCCAUGGCGAGUGGAAGGCGGUGCCGCGUGUCAGUGGACUGAACAGCUUGGCCCUGGGGGUUUGGACGCACGGGUAUGGCCUCGCACGGCAGCAAUGGCGGAGCGGCUGUGGUCGGACCGUGCGGAGGGUGCGGCGGCAGACGUGUACUUACGUCUUGAUACACAGCGCUCACGACUGGUAGCUCGAGGAAUUCGGGCGGCACCACUGUGGCCGCGCUGGUGUUCACACAAUCCACAUGCUUGCCUAUAGCCGACCGCGUCUCCUUCACCCUCCACACCUUCAUCACCUUCCGAACCACGACCGCCAAGUGCCGUCGGCGCUCUUCGUGGCUGAAAUAUCUCAUUGCGCCUGCGAUAACCCCCGUGGUUGGUGAUUGGAUGAUUGAAUUCUCGGUCAAAUCAGUUUAAAAACUUUUUCUAAAUUGACUAAGUUCUGAAAAUUUUGAGUUGGUCGUUGUUUGGUUUCUCAGGUCACAAGUUAUUCUAAUUUUGAAAACCAAGCAAACGAUAUAAUUUGUAUGGCGCUUAUUUAACGCCAUCUAGUUUUCAUACAAGUUACUUAAUGAGGAUUUGGUUUACAAUUAAUUCUAUUUGAUUUAUUAACUUUACUGAUGAUUGUGACCCGUUGCAAUCUAUCUCUAUGCAAUCAAUGCUAUGACAGUAAUAUAAUUUUUUUUAUAAGAGAGGCAGUCACAAAUGUAAUCGAAUGAGAUUUUUAGGGCAUCUACACAAUGACUUUUCUUGUACAUAAUAAUAAUUAGUAAACAUUAGUUAGAUAUCUUUAUAUACUUAAGAGAGUAGAUAGAAAUUUGUACAGCGCUUGUAAUUAUAAUUAGGUAGAUCACAAACAUUAAAUUUGAAGGUUGAACAAUAGGUAAACGCAGCCUACUUUGAAUAGAUACAUAGAUAGCCGUUAGAUUUAUUAUAAAAUAGAUAAUUUACUCGAAUUACCAAUAUUAAGUGCCCACCGAUAUACUCGACUGCUACCGACAUUAGGCUGAUAGCGCAUUGGAUACUAUCGCUGGUAGAUUAUGCUAUUGGAUAGUUGUAAACAUGAUGUACUCGACCUUUAUUUAGUAAGUAAUUUAUGCGUCUAACCUGCUUAUUUAUAAAAACUAAAAUCUUGUACAAAAUUUAUUUUAACUAUUACAGUAUUUUGUCACUUUCUUUAAAACUGCGAAUUUAGAAAAAAAAGACAAAACACUUCAAUAGCUAAAAUAUAUUCAUAAAAUGUUUGAUUAUGAAUAAGGCGUAAAUUUAUAAAUUAUAACUCAGUCGCUGAAUAAUAAAUUUAAGCGGCAAUAUGGUACAUCAGUGUUUGCAACUACCAAUCGUAACAAGACAGCAGCUAAACAAGAAUCGCUCACAGUUCAUUUUAAACUUUUGCAUUUCUUACAGAAUUAUUAUUCCUCAAGUGAUAGUAACCAAAGUGUGAACAAUCUGAGUCGGUAGCGAUUGCCGUUCGGUCCCUAACCAACAUGCCCAAUGAUAAUUGCCCGCUAAUAAACGAAUUACCCAAAUUCCAUAGACAUUAAUAAUAACAGAUGAUGGGGUAAAUUCUCAUUAUACAAUUUCUCAAUAAAAAAUACUUAUCACUUUAUUAUUCUAUAUAGAUUUUUUUAAAAAUUCAAGGUCAAACUUCAAAAAUAAUUUUGUAUGUUUUUGCAGUUUAAUCAGUAUGAUUUUACAGUUUAUGGAAACAUUUUUUUUUUUUUUAAAUAAAAAAUAGAUAACAUAGUUUCAUCUCAUACCUAUUCUAUUUCUAAUGAGAGUGUUUAUACCGUUUAAGUUAGACGCUAAUAUUUUUUUCAAUGAUCUUCAGAUUAUUUGUUAUCCCAUCAUCUAUGGUGGGUCUAAUAAGCAUGCAAAGGGUAACUUACCAAGUCUAUAAUUUGUUAUUGUACACGCGCGCAAUUCAAAUAGACUCGACUGUAGACACGCAAAUGUGAUUAACAAUGUUAAUGAUAGGAAAAACGCUAUUGCAACUAGUAUAUAAAUUAUAUGUAUAAUAUAUAUUUAUAUAAUACAAUUUAACAGUAGCUAUAAAUAUAAUUUAUUAAUAUUCGCAAAUUGUUCUCAUUAUUUUCAAAUUGAGCUCUUCAAUUUUCACUUCUUAUAAUUAGGAAAUUCUUAAACAAUCAUUGGUAAUUAUUAUAGGAAAUAAAAAUAUAAGUACUGAGUUAACCCAGAUGAGUUAGAGUAGGAUACAAUCGAUCGUUGCUAAUGUGGUGAACGUAAUAGUGGGCAAAUAUGGCGCCGUCUGUACGAUCAAUUAGAUUUGUUGAUGGUAUUUUCCUACGUCGAAAGAUUAGCUUAUAAUUAAAAAUGUGCACAAAUUAAUGCUAAUUGAUAAUUUAUUUAAUAAAUUUAGAAAUUUUUAUACAUUUGUUCUUUUUAUUUCUAAAUUUUACAUUUUUAUAGAAUUUUAAAGCUUAAAUAGUGUAAAAGUUUGUCGUUAAAGUGAUUUUUUAACUGAAAAAAAAUAAUGACCCAAUCGCAAUUUUAAUAUGUAAUAUUGUCAAAAUUGUACAUUUUUGUUUUAAACCCUUUAAAAAAGUUUUUUUUAACUGUUAAUGAAAUAAACAAUUGAACAUUUUAUUAUGUGUAAGUACUAAUGUAAAAGUUUAAUAUAUAUAAAUACUCAAUAUAUCUAUAUAUCUUUCCAUUUAAUUUUCUAUUUCUAUUUUUGCACAAUAUAAAACGUUUAGUAAGUUGUUAUAAAUUAACAAUUUGAAAGCGAACUGGUUCAGUAAAUACCAUACGCGGGUUAACAAUGCAAUUGUAAAAUGCGCAGCUGAUUUUAAUCAAACUUUAUUCGAAUUAAUCAUUUUGUAUUAUUUUAUUUUAUCACUGCUAUGGAGCCUACAAAAAUUGUCGCAUUUAUAUUUAAUAUUGUUAUAACAUAUUAAAGUCUAUUAUGUUAUAACAAUAUUAGUUGUUGUUGUAAAGUUAACAUCACAUGCUUAGUGAUAAUAAGUUAACAACAUCAUUACUUAAAUGAUCAAUCCCACCAAUAAUAAAUCUUGGUGUAGUGUGCAAAUAAUAUCAUAACAUUUGAAGAGUGUUAUUUUAUUUAAACAUGGUAACUCUACUCUCGUCUGUGAUCACUGAUUACCAAUUGCCAAGCGUGAUCGCUACCAUCAUUAUAGCAUAUCUCAAUUUUACAACAAUAUUCUAUAUAUACACUUGGGUCGAUUCUAAAUCGCCAUCUCUCUAAUCUUAUCUCCGAAUAUUUUAAUAUAGUAAUUUCGUAAAAUUACUGUUGUGUCCUGAACUAGAAUAUUUUUGUUUAUUUAAAACUAUUAGCAAAAUUAAUUCAUAUUGGUCCUUACAAUAAAGAUUUCGGUGUGAUAUGAAAUUAUAAUUUUAAAAAUAGGUUUAAACAAUUAGCGAUUCAGAAUUGACCCCACUGACUUAUCUUUAAUGUAACUUAUAAUAAGUGAUAUUCGAAAAACUUUAAUAUAACCGCAAUGCACUAACAUUUAAAUAUGAAAAAAUACUCGAAUAUAGAGCGUUAUCUUUUAAAUUGUAUUACCCUAUUUAAUAAGUAUUAUUCGCCCAUUCGGCCACCUUAGACGUUCAAACUGCCAAAUAGGUCACAAAUAAUGUUUUGUUGUUAAUUAAAUUAAUGUGUGUUGCGUUUUUUUUUAAUGGGUGAUAAUGGAAUGGUAACCCCGCCUGCGCUAUCGGGAUACGCUGGCGGAGCACCAGUGAAGAAUGAUAGGUGAGGAUGAAGCAGGUCAGUUGGCCCAUCGUGACGAAUUCAACAAGAAUUGUUCACGAUGGUUCCACGUGGACGUCGACCUAAUAGGGCAUAUUGCUAGCAAUGGGGCUGUCAAACUCCAUUGCUAACAAUCCCUUUCCCCCCACAAAAUGUGUUGCGUUAUUUACAUAUAGAAAUGAUUAAUUAUAUCAACAAUUGAAAAUAAUCUGUUAACGGAAUACUAUUUUAAAUGUAAGUAUAAGAUUGUUCUGUAAUUUAAAUUAAACCUUAAUGCGUUUAUAUAAAUAAUCGAUUAUAUAUUUUAUUGUCACAUUAAUAUUAUAUAUUACAUGUUCAUUUAACAUUAUGUAUAGUUCAUAUCAAUAAGUUUGCCCUUGUAUGACGAGAUUACGAGCCACACACCAGGCUAGAAUAAUCACGAACAAAGAUUAUUUGUUCUUAAGCACAGCGAGUGUAUGACAUAUUUUGUUGUGUAUUAGAAAUUUUGACUUACACACGACGGACAUUUUGUAUUUAGAUAUUUUUUUUGUCUCUAAGUCCACUUGGGAAGACAGAUCGUAUUCCUAAGAUCGGACGUCAUUUUAAAUGUUGGACCGAUCAUAAUAUCUGAAUUUAAUAUCAAGUAGAUAGAUAUACGACUUUGUAGAGUCCGCAGACAAACUGUCCGUCGUCUGACAAACAUGUUGUAGCGUACAAAAAACUUUACAAAUGAAAUGAGUGCCGAUAUAAGCACAAUAUUUUUUAAUCAAUUUGACAUUAUUUUCUUAAAUUGAUUUUUAAUCAUACAUAUUUAAUUUACAAAUUAUAUGAAGAAUUAUUUUUGUAAAUACAAUUGAUUUUAUUAUAUAUAAUGCAUUUUAUUGAGAUUAUUUAAUUUGGAAUAGUUUAAGCGGGUUAUUACACUACCAUAAUUUAAAUCAAUAUAGUACUUUAUUAUAUUUAAUCUGUGGAGUUUUCCGAGGACUGCGGGUUCGAUUAUAGUACAAUAGUAGCAUUUGUAUUCAAUUCGUAUUAUACUGGGCUUUUCUACAAAUUUAACAUGCAUUUACAAUACUAAAAAUAUUAUGUUACAAGAUUCUAUUCAGUUUGGUACUAGAUGGCGCUGUGCUUUAGUAUGAUUUAGAAAUAUUGAUGGUCGAUUAUUUAAAAGUCGAUAACGCGCUAGUGACAACCCUGAUAUUGUAGGUGUCCAUAAAUUACGGUUGCCGUUUAACAUCAGAGACUCCGUAUAAAUAAUUGCCAACACAGAAGUAAAAAAGAAAAUUAAAUCAAUUUUCAUUUAGAGCCCAUAUAAUUAUGAUAGUGCAAUAACCCUUUGAUAUUUUUUUUUUUGCUGUCGAUUGCACGUAACUUAAAAUGUUUGUAAUAAAGAAUGUUUCAAUGUAGAUAGUGGGUAUUCAUAUAACGAAUGGUAUCGUAAAUCAUCAAUGUGUGUGAUCAAUAAACAGGCACAAUUUUGUACAUUUUGUAAUGUUUGGUGCUACAGUGAUUUUGUGGUGUAAUCUAUGAAAUAUAAAAUAAUUCUAUCAA